AUGGUGGUCUCGAGGGAGAAGUUGGGCGUACACCUACGCAUGAUGCAAUCGGCACCAAAAUUGAAGAAAAUCAGCAAAACAAGGAAGAAAAAAAUAGUGGAGAGCCCUGAAAAAGCAAAUGAGGACAUUGUCAAUGCAGAGACUAGUGAUGUUUCAAACCAUCUCUUGUUGGAUAGUAUUUAUGCUGCUAGCACGAUGAGUUUUUGGUAA